ACAAUGACAUGUGAGAUGACGUUUACUAUAUCCUCGUGUACUAUAAAAGCCACUCAAUUGUUCCUAGUUUUUCCACACCAAAACAUGUCUGCAAAACAAUACUUGCUAGGGUUGUUCUUCCUCCUCAGUGUUGUGGUGCUUCACACCACUCCCUCUUUUGCUGAUCGCUUUGAGCGUAUCAAGCCCCCCCACCCACCAUCCAAACCCAAGCCACCCCAUAGGCACCUCUUGACAGAUGAACUUGAUGAGCACAACCCAUUGAAAGGCAAGGGCGACAAGCCACCAUUCAAGCCCGAGCCACCGAAGGGAAAGGGGGAUAAACCACCAUUCAAGCCCCUGCCACCAAAAGGUAAGGGCGACAAGCCACCAUUGGAGCACGAGCCACCUAAGGGCAAGGGGAGCCACCCACCAUUCGAGCAUGAGCUACCAAAAGGUAAGGGUGAUAAGCCACCAUUUAAGCCCGAGCCACCUAAAGGUAAGGGCGACAAGCCACCAAAAGGUAAGGGAGAGAAGCCACCACCAGAGCAUCACCCAGGACACAUUUUGGUAGAAGAAUUGGAGGGCUCGCACAAGCCACCAUUCAAGCAUGAGCCACCUAAGGGUGACAAGCCACCGUUUAAGCCUGAGCCACCAAAAGGUAAGGGAGAGAAGCCACCACCAGAGCAUCACCCAGGACACAUUUUGGUAGAAGAAUUGGAGGGCUCGCACAAGCCACCAUUCAAGCAUGAGCCACCUAAGGGUGACAAGCCACCGUUUAAGCCUGAGCCACCAAAAGGUAAGGGAGAGAAGCCACCACCAGAGCACAAGCCACCCCAUGAGCACCACCCAGGACAUAUUUUGGUAGAAGAAGUUGAGGACACACACAAGCCUCCUCGGAAGCUAACUCCACCAACUUAUCCAAAGAAGAAACCGGAUCACCCCUACAAGCCACCCCAUCACCCCAAAAAGCCCCCAGUUGCCAACUGAUGGCUCCAAAUCGACCGGCUACCCAGCUCGGUUAACUACUACUGUUUUUAUGCAUGUGAGAAAUAAGAGCUUCUACUUGUAGUAUGUCGCUUCUGGUUUCUAGAAGCAUGGCUAGACUUGUACUGUGCUAGCUAUUACUAUUAUGUUAAUGUUAAUAUUAUCUUAAUUUGCGUCUUUUUAAA